UCAUUGUCUCUCCUUUUCAUAUUAUCUUCAGCCUUCAACCUUAACCUCUCUCUCUCUCUCACUCACUCACUCAUUCAUUCAUUCAUGUCAUCAUUUCCCAUCGUCCAAUUUUAGUACUAGUAUCAUCGUCAUCACUGUUUCUACAUCAGUCUCAUCUAAAUCCACCAUCAUGAUAAUAAACUUUUACAUUGUCUUGGUUCUUGUAACUUUCAUCUCGGUGGUUAAUUCAUUCCCAGAAUCGAGUAAAUUGUCGACCACCAAAAAAAGUCAAUCAAAAUCAAUCAGUGGUCGAUCUGGUGGAAGUUUUGAAAAUUGUUAUUCCAAGGGAAUUGUUCAUCAACAUGGUUCUAAUUUAACUCGAUCAGAUGAUCCGUGUGAAAGGUGCUUCUGCUACAAAGGAACAAUUCUCUGUUGGAAUAUCAAUUGUCCACAAUCAUUGGAUCGAAAAGGAUGUAAAGAGAUCAAAGUUAAAGAUCUUUGCUGUCCAAUAUUAGAAUGCCCCUUAGAAGGGAAAGAUGCCGUUUUCAAGGAUAUUAUUGGACGUCAACCACGAACUACACCAGACGAAACUUCCGAACCCUCGAUUACACCUAAAGAGAUCACCUGUAAAUAUGGACGAGAGAAAUACAAACCUGGCCAGAGAGUGACCAUUAACCCAUUGAAACCAUGUCAACGGUGUAUGUGUAGUAAUGAAGGUAAAGUUAAAUGUGAACUUGCAUCUACAUGUAAAGAUGAAAGUCUAAUCAAAGAAUUGAAAAAACAAUCAAAUCUAAUUAGCAAAGAUUCUGAUCAUAAAAAGGAAUCAGAAAAUGUUUCAAGUUUCAGCACCCGAACGAUUCCCGAUGCAAUAUUGAAAAGAGUACAAAAUUUACUUCACAAAGUUUCAACUCACAAUUUAACUUCAAUUAAUCCAAACGAUUUAAACUAAAAUCUAAAUCAAUGAUCAUCAAACAAUCACUUUAAUAUAAUUUACCAACAAAUUAAUCACAAACCUCAUUUACUCAAUCAAACUAUCAACACUAUUGUAUAUUUAUAAUCAUUUUAUUGGAAAACUUUUCUUCACAAUCUAAAUUACUGUUACAAUUUUUUGACAUCAACGUUAAUUGUUUGAUAGUAAUAGAUUGACACAAUCAGAUUGAUUGAACUUCAUCUCAUCUAAUUAAUAAUAAAGGUUGAAAAUGACACAAUCCAUUAUAUUGAAAGUUCUAAUUCGGCUAAUUAAAUGUCAACUUUAAAUUGGUGAUCAUUAA